GCCAUCAUUGAGGAUAAGGGUGAUGAGAAUGCAGAGGCUCUGGAUGCGGCUGCAGUGGAGGCCGCUCUGUCCCUGUGUGAGGAGACGCCCUGUCUGGCCCCCCCUGGAAGCCCGGGCCCUUCAAGCCUCCUGAGUCUAACCCUGCCACCCCCACACAGGCCCCACAAGCCUCCUCCUACUCCUCCCCCCUCCACGGCAGUCUGGAGGUGAAGAGGGAGAGCCUGGAGAUACGGGGUGGGGCCUCUGCAUGUGACAGCCAGAACAGCUGUACCUCAGGGUACACACACCCCCUGGGCAUCAGUGGCCUUCCUCCCUCCUGCUCGUCUAUGAUGCUGGAGCACAGCCAGCCUAUUGGCGCUCGUCUGCAGCAUGGGGUCAUGGGCGGGGCCGAUGGGGAGGAAAGCCCUGUCUCUCCCCAUGCCACCAUCAAGUGUGAGAGUGAAGAGUGGACGCAGCAAGGAGCUGACACACCACACGCAGACUCUGAGGGUGGCCCCAUGACAAGAGGACACUCCAAGGAGGAAGAGGAGAGGGGUAGCGACGGAGAGGAGUGCCUCAGAGACUAAAGAGGGCCCGGAUGGGGGGGGGGGGGGUGAAGAGGCCUACCC